GCGCGGGAUGCACCUGCACCAGGUCCUCACGGGGGCCGUCAACCCCGGCGACAACUGCUACUCCGUGGGCAGCGUCGGGGACGCGCCCUUCACGGCAUAUGGAUCAGGCUGUGAUAUCGUUAUUUUGGCCAGUGACUUUGAAUGUGUACAAAUUAUUCCUGGUGCUAAGCAUGGAAACAUCCAAGUGAGCUGCGUGGAGUGUUCACACCAACAUGGAAGGAUCGCAGCUUCAUAUGGUAAUGCUGUUUGUAUUUUUGAACCCUUGGGCAUUAAUUCUCAUAAGAGAAACUGUUGUCAAUGGCUCAAAUCUGGACAGUUUUUUUUGAGUUCCGUGACAUACAAUUUAGCAUGGGACCCUCAAGACAAUAGAUUGUUGACAGCAACUGAUUCUAUUCAGUUGUGGGCUCCCCCAGGAGGUGAUGUUCUGGAAGAGGAGGAAGAAAUCGAUAGUAAAGUCCCUCCUGUUUUAAAUGACUGGAAGUGCAUCUGGCAGUGCAAAACUUCAGUAUCUGUACAGUUGAUGGAAUGGUCCCCUGAUGGUGAAUAUUUUGCUACUGCUGGAAAGGAUGAUUGUCUUUUGAAAGUGUGGUACCCUAUGACUGGUUGGAAGUCUUCCAUCAUACCCCAGGAUCACCAUGAAGUAAAAAUGAAAAGGCGUCACGCUGCUACCCAGUUCUCCUUUGUUUACUUGGCACAUCCCAGAGCUGUGACAGGCUUUUCAUGGCGCAAAACUAGCAAGUAUAUGCCCAGAGGUUCUGUCUGUAAUGUGUUGUUGACUUCAUGCCAUGAUGGUGUCUGUCGGCUCUGGGCAGAAACCUUAUUACCGGAAGAUUGUCUUUUAGGUGAGCAGAUUUGUGAGACCACCACUUCCAGCAUUGCUGGCAACCUUACUCAUCAUGGAAAACACAAAGACAGAAUACAGCAUGCUCUUGAGACAAUACACCAUUUGAAAAACUUGAGAAAAGGUCAAAGGAGGUCUUCUGUUCUUGUAACUCACACUGACUUCAUGGCUGACCAGGGGGCAAUGCAUGAAGUCCAGAGACACAUUUCCCACCAUGCAAAUGCUCUGUGCCACUUCCACAUCGCUGCAAGCAUCAACCCUGCCACAGAUAUUCCGAAUGUCCUGAUUGGCACUGUGUUUAACACUGAUGAUGGAAACGGCGGCUUUGUAGUCCAUUGGUUAAACAAUAAGGAAUUCCAUUUUACAUCAUCAACUGAGAUAUUUAUGCAGCAGUUACGGAAACUUUCUGAAAAGCAAGUUGAUCUUGAAAGUAAUGAUGCAACUAGAGAAGAUGAAGAACGGUCACAAGAGGAAAGAGAGCGGGGUUUACGUAUGAAGCUCGACCAUGAUUUGUCCCUGGAUAGAGAAUCUGAGGCAGGUACUGGGUCAUCAGAACAUGAAGAUGGAGAGGGCAGUCCCAGAACCUGCUCACGACCCAGUGCUUCUCUACCACUCCCCACUGUCCUGCUUGAUCGGAAGAUCGAAAUGCUACUAGCUGAAUGGAAUAAGAAUCCUGACAUGCUUUUUACUAUACACCCAGUAGAUGGUACCUUCCUAGUAUGGCAUGUAAAAUAUUUGGAUGAAUAUAAUCCUGGGAUAUUUAGACAAGUCCAGGUUUCUUUUUCUUCCCGGAUACCUGUUGCAUUUCCAUCUGGCGAUGCAAGUUCUCUUAGUAAAAAUAUCAUGAUGUACGCCUGCAUAAAUGCCUUGAAAGACUCUCACCACAUUCAGUCACAUGUAGAGUUGGUGGCUGCAGACAGUCCUCAUGGAUCACAGCCACAGUCUCGAUCUCAUUGCACAAAUAUGAACAUUGUAGCUCCCACAGUAAUGAUGGUCUCUAAACACAUAGACGGCUCUCUGAACCAGUGGGCUGUCACUUUUGCUGAUAAAUCUGCCUUUACCACUGUUCUAACUGUAUCUCACAAAUUUAGAUACUGUGGUCAUCGAUUUCACCUUAAUGACCUGGCAUGCCAUUCAGUUUUACCACUGUUACUUACUUCAUCUCAUCAUAAUGCUCUGUUGACUCCUGAAUCUGAUAGUCAGUGGGACUCAGACAUUAAACUACGUAAAUUGAUGGAUCCUAUAAGACAUGUAAAAGGCCCCUCCAAGCAGGCCCUUAGAAAUGCCGCAACAUGUACAUUUCAUGAUCCAAAUGCAAUUUACAGUGAACUUAUUCUAUGGCGUGUAGACCCAAUUGGACCUUUAUCAUACACUGGAGGAGUAUCAGAAUUGGCUAGAAUUAAUUCUUUACAUACUUCAGCCUUCUCUAAUGUUGCUUGGCUUCCAACUCUUAUUCCCAGUUAUUGUCUUGGCACAUAUUGUAAUUCUGCCAGUGCUUGCUUUGUUGCUUCUGAUGGCACAAAUCUGAGACUCUAUCAGGCUGUGGUAGAUGCAAGGAAAUUAUUGGAUGAGCUUUCAGACCCCGAAUCUUCAAAACUCAUUGGAGAAGUGUUUAAUAUUGUGAGCCAACAGUCUACUGCCCGACCUGGAUGCAUUAUUGAACUUGAUGCAAUAACCAACCAAUGUGGUUCAAAUACACAGUUGCUUCAUGUGUUUCAAGAAGACUUUAUUAUAGGAUAUAAACCACAUAAGGAAGAUAAGGAAAAAAAGGAAUCAGAAAUAUUUUUUCAACCAAAACAAGGAUAUCGUCCACCACCAUUUUCGGAAAAGUUCUUUCUAGUUGUAAUUGAAAAGGAUAGCAAUAAUGACUCGAUUCUUCAUAUGUGGCAUCUUCAUCUUAAAUCUGUCCAGGCAUGUGUAGCUAAAGCUUCAGAAGGUGCUUCGUCUGAAAAUCUCCUUUCAGUCCCUGGACAGAAAACUGUUGACUCUUCUCCAGAAACUUCUCCUGUUGUGAGCUCCAUGCCCCAUUCUUUAUCAAUUGCUAACCUUCAGACUGCUAGUAAACUUAUUCUGAGUUCCAGAUUGGUCUAUAGUCAACCUCUUGAUCUUCCAGAAGGAGUCGAAGUAAUAAGAGCAACACCUUCAGCAGGGCACCUGAGUUCUUCCUCCAUCUAUCCAGUGUGCCUUGCACCUUACUUGGUGGUUACAACUUGUUCUGACAAUAAAGUCCGCUUCUGGAAAUGUAGUAUGGAAACCAACCCACAAUGUAGAAGUGAUGAGAAGGAGACUUAUCAUUGGAAGCAAUGGCCCUUGAUGAAUGACGAAGGAGAGGAUAAUAGCAGUACUGUGAGCAUUGUGGGGAGACCAGUUGCUGUGAGCUGUUCAUACACAGGUCGCCUUGCAGUGGCUUACAAACAACCUAUUCAGCACAAUGGUUUUGUCUCUAAGGAAUUUUCCAUGCAUGUUUGCAUAUUUGAAUGUGAAUCUACAGGAGGGUCAGAGUGGGUUUUAGAACAAACAAUUCACCUUGAUGACUUGGUCAAAGUUGGGAGUGUACUUGACUCAAGGGUCAGUGUUGAUAGCAAUCUGUUUGUGUACAGCAAAACAGAUGCACUUUUGAGCAAGGAUAGGUACCUAUCUUCAAAUAUAAAGCAUUUAGUCCAUCUGGACUGGGUAUCCAAAGAAGAUGGUUCCCACAUUCUCACAGUUGGGGUAGGUGCUAAUAUCUUCAUGUAUGGACGGCUUUCAGGCAUAGUGACUGAACAGACCAACAGUAAGGAUGGAGUAGCCGUCAUUACUUUACCACUGUGUGGUAGCAUCAAGCAAGGAGUUAGAUCAAGAUGGUUCCUUCUUAGGUCUAUUGAUUUAGUGUCUUCGAUUGAUGGUACACCUUCAUUGCCUGCUUCUCUUUCUUGGGUGAGAGACGGGAUAUUGGUGGUUGGAAUGGACUGUGAAAUGCAUGUGUAUGCCCAGUGGAAGCAUGCAGUCAAGUUUGGAGACAUUGAGGCUGACAGUCCUGAUAUAGAAGAGAUAGGAAUCCAUGAUUAUUCUACCUUUAAGGCGAAUCUGUUAUCAAGGAAAAGUAUUGUCGAAGGAACAGCUGUUACUGAUGAUGUUUUUUGUUCACCAACAAUAAUUCAAGAUGGUGGCUUAUUUGAAGCAGCACACAUUCUUUCCCCCACACUCCCACAGUAUCACCCAACUCAGCUGUUGGAAUUGAUGGAUUUAGGGCGAGUUAGAAGGGCAAAAGCCAUCCUCUCUCAUUUAGUAAAAUGUAUUGCAGGGGAAGUUGCCAUAGUUAGAGAUCCUGAUGCUGGAGAAGGAACUAAACGGCAUCUUUCCCGAACCAUCAGUGUAAGUGGCAGUACAGCAAAGGACACAGUCACCAUAGGAAAAGAUGGUACCCGAGAUUAUACUGAGAUCGACUCCAUCCCUCCUCUCCCACUGUAUGCCUUGCUUGCUGCGGAUCAAGAUACAACCUACCGGGUUUCAGAAGAAAGUACAAAAAUCCCCCAGAGCUUUGAAGAUCAUACCAAAAGAGCACCAGAGGAUCAGUACUCAGAACUGUUCCAAAUCCAGGAUAUAACAACAGAUGAUAUCGACUUAGAGCCAGAAAAGAGAGAAAAUAAAUCAAAAGUAAUCAAUCUUUCUCAAUAUGGACCAUCUUAUUUUGGCCAGGAACAUGCUAGGGUCCUUUCAAGUCAUCUUAUGCAUUCAAGCCUCCCUGGCCUUACUCGUUUGGAGCAGAUGUUUCUCGUAGCCUUGGCAGAUACUGUAGCGACAACCAGUACCGAACUUGAUGAAAGCAGAGAUAAGAGCUGCUCAGGGAGAGACACUCUAGAUGAGUGUGGCCUCAGAUAUUUGCUUGCUAUGCGCCUACACACAUGCCUUUUGACAUCACUACCUCCUUUAUACCGAGUGCAGCUACUUCAUCAAGGUGUGUCUACUUGUCAUUUUGCUUGGGCCUUUCAUUCCGAAGCUGAGGAAGAACUGAUUAAUAGGAUUCCAGCAAUUCAGAGAGGGGACCCACAGUGGUCUGAGUUAAGAGCUAUGGGAAUAGGUUGGUGGGUCAGGAAUAUUAAUACGCUUCGACGAUGCAUGGAAAAGGUGGCCAAAGCUUCUUUUCAAAGGAACAAUGAUGCCUUAGAUGCUGCAUUAUUCUACCUUUCUAUGAAGAAGAAAGCAGUAGUGUGGGGUCUGUUUAGGUCACAACAUGACGAAAAAAUGACAACAUUUUUCAGUCACAACUUUAAUGAAGAUCGAUGGCGGAAAGCUGCUUUGAAAAAUGCUUUUGCUUUACUUGGAAAGCAGCGGUUUGAACAGUCUGCUGCUUUUUUCCUGUUAGCAGGAUCACUGAAAGAUGCCAUAGAGGUAUGUCUUGAAAAAAUGGAAGAUAUUCAACUGGCUAUGGUUAUUGCUCGUUUAUAUGAAUCUGAAUUUGAGACUUCGUCCACUUACAUAUCAAUUUUAAAUGAGAAGAUUUUGGGUUGUGCAAAGGAUGGCUCGGGAUUUGAUUGCAGAAAAUUACAUGCUGACCCUUUCCUGCGUAGCCUUGCUUACUGGGUAAUGAAAGAUUACACCCGAGCCUUGGAUACCUUAUUGGAACAAACGCCAAAGGAAGAGCAUGAGCAUCAAGUUAUCAUCAAAGCUUGUAACCCAGUGGUGUUCAGCUUCUACAAUUACCUUCGAACUCAUCCCCUCAUUAUUCGCCGGAACCUUGUCACUCCUGAAGGCACACUGGCAACCUUAGGCCUCAAAACGGAGAAAAACUAUGUGGAUAAAAUUAACCUCAUAGAAAGAAAAUUGUUCUUUACCACUGCAAAUGCUCACUUUAAGGUUGGAUGCCCUGUUUUAGCCUUAGAGGUCCUAUCUAAAAUUCCCAAAGUUAACAAAACAUCUGCCUUACCUGAAAAAAAAGAUCAGCCUGACUCCAUUGGUAAAAAGAGUGGUGAUGUACUUUCAGAAUCAAACACUCUCAGUGACGGUGGCACAAGUGCUGGCACUGAUUGGUCAACUGUAACUUCAUCACAAUUUGACUGGAGUCAGCCUGUUAUAAAAGUUGAGGAAGAACCUCUUAAUCUUGACUGGGGUGAAGAACAUGAUAGUGCCUUAGAAGAAGAGGAAGAAGAUGCCACUAGUUUAGUCAAAAAUGAAGAGAGGCAAGGAGAUGAGAAAACCUCAGACCCUAAGAUGUCACAGACACCUCAGGAUGAGGACUCGCUGGAAGAUGACACUGAAGUUGAUGUAAUUGCUGAACAACUAAAAUUCAGAGCUUGUUUAAAGAUCCUUAUGACUGAACUAAGGACACUAGCCACUGGUUAUGAAGUAGACGGAGGGAAACUCCGAUUUCAACUCUACAACUGGCUUGAGAAGGAAAUUGCGGCCUUACAUGAGAUAUGUAAUCAUGAGUCCGUGAUUAAAGAAUAUGUGAAUAAAGUGUAUUCUAAUGCAGAGAGUGAGUUCCUGGACCAAGAAGAAAUGGUGGACAAGCCAGAUAUUGGUUCCUAUGAACGGCACCAGAUAGAAAGACGGAGACUGCAGGCCAAACGGGAGCAUGCAGAGAAGCGAAAGCUGUGGCUGCAGAAAAACCAAGAUCUUUUGCGAGUGUUUCUUAGUUACUGUAGCCUUCAUGGGGCUCAGGGUGGGGGUCUGGCCUCUGUGAGAAUGGAACUCAAAUUUUUGCUACAAGAAUCACAGCAGGAAACUACUGUGAAGCAGCUCCAGUCUCCGCUACCUUUGCCGACUACCCUGCCCCUACUUUCAGCAAGUAUAGCCUCAACAAAAACAGUCAUAGCGAAUCCUGUUCUGUACCUGAAUAACCACAUCCAUGAUAUACUUUAUACUAUUGUUCAGAUGAAAACACCUCCUCAUCCCACUGUCAGAGAUGUGAAGGUGCAAAUACUUCAUUCGCUGGCAGCAUCACUUUCUGCAUCAAUUUACCAGGCAUUAUGUGACAGUCAUAGCUACAGUAGUCUCACAGAAGGAAAUCAAUUUACAGGAAUGGCUUAUCAAGGUCUUCUUUUAAGUGAUCGAAGAAGACUGAGGACAGAAAGCAUUGAAGAACAUGCAACACCAAAUUCUUCUCCUGCCCAAUGGCCUGGUGUAAGUUCACUUAUUAAUCUUUUGAGUUCAGCCCAAGAUGAAGACCAACCAAAAUUGAACAUUCUGUUGUGUGAAGCUGUUGUCGCUGUUUACUUAAGUUUGCUGAUACAUGCUCUUGCUACAAAUUCCUCCAGUGAAUUGUUUCGACUUGCAGCUCACCCACUAAAUACUCGGAUGUGGGCUGCUGUUUUUGGAGGGGGUGUGAAACUUGUGGUAAAACCUCAAAAACAAUCAGAAAAUAUUUCAGCGCCUCCUGCUCCUUCUGAAGACAUAGAUAAGCACCGCCGGAGAUUUAAUAUGCGGAUGCUGGUCCCUGGAAGGCCUGUGAAAGAUGCAACCCCACCACCAGUGCCUGCAGAGAGACCAUCUUACAAAGAAAAAUUUAUUCCUCCAGAACUGAGUAUGUGGGAUUACUUUGUUGCCAAGCCAUUUCUUCCUCUGUCUGAUAGUGGUGUCAUAUAUGAUUCUGAUGAAAGUAUUCAUAGUGAUGAAGAUGAAGAUGAUGCCUUUUUUUCAGAUACACAAAUACAGGAACAUCAAGACCCAAAUUCUUACAGCUGGGCCCUUCUACAUCUGACAAUGAUCAAGCUAGCACUUCACAAUGUCAAGAACUUCUUUCCUAUUGCUGGGUUGGAAUUCUCAGAGUUGCCUGUAACAUCACCAUUGGGUAUUGCUGUGAUAAAAAACAUGGAGAAUUGGGAACAGAUAUUGCAAGACAAAAUGGAUCAAUUUGAAGGCCCACCCCCUAACUAUAUCAACACAUACCCAACUGACCUUUCAGUAGGAGCUGGACCAGCUAUCCUUCGAAAUAAAGCAAUGUUUGAGCCUGAAAACACGCCAUUCAAGUCUCGGGAUUCUUCUGCUCUUCCAGUCAAACGACUUUGGCAUUUUCUUGUUAAACAAGAAGUCCUUCAAGAGACAUUUAUUAGAUAUAUUUUCACUAAGAAAAGAAAGCAGAGUGAGUCUGUAGAAGAACAUGUGAAGCAGGUCAAAUACAGCUCGAUAGCAGAAGAUUCCCACAUCAAGGUUGAAGCUGAUCUGGGAUAUCCAGGUGGAAAAGCAAAGAUCAUUCAUAAGGAGUCUGACAUGAUCAUGGCAUUUUCUGUUAAUAAGGCAAAUGGUAAUGAAAUUGUUUUGGCUUCGACACAUGAUGUGCAAGAACUUGAUGUUACUUCUUUGCUGGCCUGCCAGUCAUAUAUAUGGAUUGGAGAAGAAUAUGAUAAAGAAUCCAAAAGCUCAGAUGACGUUGAUUAUCGUGGCUCCACUACAACUCUUUACCAACCUAUGGCGACACCCCAUUCAGCAGCUCAGGUGCAUCCGCCUUCAUCUGUGCCAUGGCUGGGCACUGGACAGACCAGCACUGGAGCCAGUGUGCUUAUGAAGCGGAAUCUACAUAAUAUUAAGAGAAUGACCUCACACCCCAUCCAUCAGUACUAUCUCACGGGUGCUCAGGAUGGCAGUGUACGAAUGUUCGAAUGGUCACGCCCUCAGCAACUUGUCUGUUUUCGCCAAGCCGGAAAUGCAAGAGUCACCAGAUUAUAUUUCAAUUCACAAGGCAACAAGUGUGGUGUUGCAGAUGGAGAGGGUUUUAUGAGUAUAUGGCAAGUAAACCAAACCUCAUCAAAUCCUAAACCUUACAUGAGUUGGCAAUGCCAUAGCAAAGCCGCAAGUGACUUCGCAUUUAUUACCUCUUCAAGUCUAGUUGCCACAUCUGGACAGUCCAAUGACAACAGGAACGUCUGCCUCUGGGACACACUGAUCUCUCCUGGAAACAGCCUUAUUCAUGGCUUCACGUGUCAUGAUCAUGGGGCCACGGUGCUCCAGUAUGCACCCAAACACCAGCUGCUCAUAUCUGGAGGCAGGAAAGGCUGGGUCUGCCUGUUUGACAUCCGCCAGAGGCAGCUGAUGCACACGUUCCAUGCUCAUGACUCAGCCAUAAAGGCCUUGGCCCUGGAUCCCUGUGAGGAAUAUUUUACUACAGGCUCAGCAGAGGGGAACAUAAAGGUUUGGAGACUAUCAGGCCAUGGUCUAAUUCAUUCGUUUAAAAACGAACAUGCUAAACAGUCCAUUUUUCGAAACCUUGGAGCUGGAGUCAUGCAGAUUGACAUCACCCAAGGCAAUCGGAUCUUCUCCUGUGGGGCUGAUGGAACACUGAAAACCAGAGUUCUACCCAAUGCUUUUAACUUCCCAACAAGAAUUCUUGACAUCCUAUAGACUCAAGGAUAGAGGUUUUAUUUUUAUAAAUAAUCCAAUUGAGAAAACACUAUGUUAGGCACUUCUCCUUUCCAAGCAGUUGAAACAUUUAAAACAGUACAGAGAAUCUCUAUAGAAUUCUAUCCAUGCUGAGUGUUGCCUGUACGGGGCUGUAGAAUGACUGCAUGUACCUUGUUAUCAUGCUGACAUUAAAAGAAUUCAGUCAAGCCUACUAUUCUAAGGAGGAAAGCUAUUCUUACUGCUGAUUGAAGCAUGCCUGCAGUUGCCUCUGUUGAGCAAAGGAUAGUCCUAAUGUGUUAGAAUCGUAGACCCAGAAUCACUGUAAUCAGUGGAGCAGCGUGCAGUGACUAGUUUUCUGCUGUGAAUGAGGUUAUUUCCGUUCCUUCCUGCUAAAUAUUUUUCCUGUUAGUGUUUCCACAGAGCUAGUACUCUUAACUUGCAAAAGAGUGCAAUGUUGUUUUCAAUUUGCACAUUUACAUUAUUUUGGACUGCUCAUUUUUUUCUAUAUAUUUGUCUUCAUUUUAGGAAUGAAAUAUGUGAACAUGACAUCAAUGUUUGUAGUUAACAAACACAUGCCAACUGAAUACCUUUUUCUUCAAACAUCAUGGUUCAACAUUCAGACAUUUUAAGGCUAUGUUGAAACUACAUCAUUAGAGCAUUUCAUAUUUAAGGUGGAUGUUAGGCUUUUUGUGGCCUGUUAAUAGUUUGAGAUUGGUGAUAUUAUUUAUUACCACAGCAUAUUGUAUAAACUCUGCAGCUAAAUAUUAUUUGCUUGUAAAAUAUUAGCCAAUGUUGUCAUAUUUUGAUGUAUUUCCUUGGUUAUGACCAAAAAUAUGUUCUUGGCCUAUUGAAAACCAAUGUCUUUGUUUAAAUGUUUAUCAGCAAAUUGUCCCAUCAUGUUAUGAGUAUGUUUGAUGCCUGUGCAGUAAACAGUAAAAUAUUAUGGCCUACAAGCACCUUUUUCUGAAGGCAAUGUGAUAUUCAAGCUGUGAAAUACAUAUGUAAAAGAAAAAUAAAUGUUAUUUGUUAGAGUUUUAUCUUUAUUUAAUUUGUUAUGACAGUCUUUGAUAUGUUUCAACAGUUAAGAACAUCUCUUGGAGAAGUUUGAUGCUAUUUCUCAAGUACUGGAUUAUUCUAGGAAAUGGAAUACAUCUGUGUGCCAGGAGGAUGUUAGGACUAUUGGAUAGGAACUAAACUCACGGUACCUUCUUGAACUGUGCACUUAUGUUGCUAUUGACAGUGGUGAGAGAUAAAGGAGUAUGUGAAUACACAAAAUGGAGCACAAAUUGGGCAAAAAUGGAGGCCAUAGGCAAAGAUAGAAUCCUAAAACUGAAGAUGGAAUCUUGAAACUCAGUGUGCUAAGUCCAUUUUGGUCAGGGAAAUGUUGUAUGAUUUUUAUAUUUUUAGAUUUGGCUUAUUUUGGUAUGUGGGCUCAAGAAUACAUAUUCAGAGAUGGGAGAGAGAGAUAAUAGAGUGGGAAGGGUGCUUGCCUUGCAUGCAACCAAUCCAGAACCAAUCCCUGCUGAGUGUGUCCCAAAAUCCUGUUAGACAAAGUGCCUAGUUGAUUGAUGGUGUUGUUAACUACAUUCUUUCUGAUGUUUUAUUAGCUACCAAUAAAGGGAUGAUGAAGUCUUCAACUAUAAUAA